UGGAUCGCACAAAAUACUUGUUUAUUAAUUAUUUACAUUGAAAAUACGUUAAAUACUUACAAAAUGGGCACGCAGAAACCUGGAGAAUGGGCUAACUCGCUCAUUGCGCGAUUCGAAGAACAACUACCGUACAAAACUGGAGCUCAGAACCUCCAUUCUCGUAUAAACGAAGAACAGUGCAAAGCAUGUUUAGUUCAGAUAAGCCGGCAUCGUUUCUCUCUGGUGAUCGCUGGCUUAACAAAAAUAUUGCAGAGAGUCAAUGAACUGUACCAGCCAACGAUCACCACGUGCGUCAAUCGGCCUCAAACUGAACUCGAGAAGGGUUACCACGAUAGUUUAGUAAUAGUUUUAGAUACGCUGGAAAUAUGCCUCAGCUCUCAGCCCAAGGACACCGCUAAGUACGAAGAAGCGAUGAAUGUUAAGAUAUUACUAAGAGAAGUUUGCCAGUUUAUUGAUCUUCGAAAUGAGAGCAAUGUCAAUAACACGCUUCUGAGACAAUUAGCGAGUAAAGUACUCUUCGCCCUUAGUCUCAAUUUUUUCAACGCAGUUUUUAAUAGGAUAAGCGCACGAUUACAGGAACUAGCAUCUAGCUCAGAAGAAAACCCCGAUUAUACUGAUAUAGAGUUGAUACAACAUGUCAAUGUUGACAUACUAAGGCUUAUACGGCUUUUGACAGAAUCCAUUCAAAAGUUUAAAUUGUUAAGAAAAUCAGCGCAUAUAGUACUCGUUGUGUCGCUGGAGAAAGCUGUCUGGAAUUGGAUGGACACUUACCCUCAGGAAUUCGCAGAAGUACAAUGUCGGCCUAACGAUGAAUUAAGCAAAUGUUGCGACACACUUUUCGACAUUUUACAAGACAGCUUCUCAGACAACAAGAAGUCGAGAGUGGCGAUGUGGCCGCUGCAGAUUAUGUUACUGGUUUUGAAUCCUAAAGUUCUGGAAGAAAUAGUGAACGCUGACAGCGGCGCGCCGUGCAGUCCGCGACACACGAAGAAGAAGCACUUCAUAGAUACCGUUAAGCGUGGACUGAGCCCUCAAAACAAUUCGAAGCAGAUGACUGAGGCAGCGAUAGUGACGUGCGUUAAACUCUGUAAGGCCUCGACUUAUCUGAACAUCGCUGACUCCGGCAACGUUACCUUCGUGCUCGUGAAAUCGGUCAUAAAUGAUCUCAAGUCGCUGCUGUUCAACCCCAACAAGCCGUACGCGCGCGGCGCGCCGUGCCCCGGCUACUCGGAGCUGGACCUGCUGACGGACUGCUUCGUGUCGCUGUUCCGCAUCAUGCCGCACUCCAACGACACGCUCAAGGUGUGCCUCAACCUCACCACGCACAUCUCCUACCACUACGUCAUCGUCGACUCGCUGCUCAGAAUAAUAAAACAACCCCGACUGCCGUGGUGGCCGCAAAUAGAGCUGCUCUACCCGAGAGCUGCAGAACUGAGAGCAAUGUUUACAGAUACACUGAACAAAGCUACGCAGGGUUAUAUAGUCCACACGCCACUACGGAUGAUAUCCCUAUCACUGAAGUCGAAAGAAGUCCAGUCGAAAUUCAAUAAGUCAGAGGAAAUGCCAGCGUACAGGAACCUUCUCCUGCUGCUCGUGAAACUUAUACAUGCUGAUCCCAUGCUCAUGUUGAGUAAUCCCGGUCGUACUGGGGUAGAGAUCCAAUCGUCUACCACGGAGCUGAUCAACGGUCUCGUAUCCCUUGUACAUCACACCGGGAUGGGGGAGAUAUCGCAGGAGGCGAUGGACGCGCUGCUCGCUCUGCACAGACCGGACAGGGUGCACAUGUGGAACCCUGAAGCGCCGCUCAACACGUUCUGGGAUAUCAGCUCGCAAGUUCUGUACAACAUAAGCCAGAAGCUGAUCCAGCGACAGAUCGGCAACUACCGCGAGGUGCUGCGCUGGCUGCGCGACGUGCUGACCUGCAGGAACGAGUUCCUCGCCAAGCACAAGGAGUACGCCAACGUCGGCUCGCAGAUACCGAUAUGCAAGCAAGCGCAUAUCAAGCUGGAGGUGGUGUUCUUCAUGUGCCUGUGGUCCAUCGACACGGAGGCGGUGCUGGUGGCCAUGUCGUGCUUCGCGCUGCUGUGCCAGGAGGCCGACACGCGCUGCGGCUCCGACGACGUGUCGGCGCACACGCUGCUGCCCAACUACGCCGUGUUCCAGGAGAUCGCGCACACCUCCACCGUGCUCACCACGGGUUCAGCAGCUCUUCAAAAACGUAUAAUGGCAUUACUGAGGAAGAUAGAACAUUGUGUGAACGGCGUGCAGCCUGUCUGGGAGGAGACCUUCAGAUGUUGGGACUCGGUGUGCAAGCUGCUGCAGAAGUACCCGAAGGGCGUGUCGGCCGACGAGCCGCCCGAGCCGCCGCACCGCGCCGCCGCCAAGCGCCGCGUGGCGCCGCACAGCGCCGACCACGACUGCGAGAUGCAAAUCCAGGAAUGGGCCAACAUCACCUCAUUCCUGUGCGCUCUCGGUGGUGUUUGUCUUCAGCGGAAGCCUGCCCCCGUGUGGUCUCAAUUACAUACCCACGAUACAAGAAAGUAUAAUGUGUUGGCGAACACAUCCCAAGAAGUCCAAUACUGCCCUGUAACUCAAUUCAUCGGUCAGCUAUUAAGAUUAUUGCUCUGCAGUAACGAACGCUUCGGUGCUCAAAUACAGAGUCACGUCAAGGAAUUGGUCGGCAAUGAAAUGUCUCCAGCGCUGUACCCGAUACUAUUCGAUCAAAUUAAAGCAAUCGUCGACAAGUUCUUUGAUCAGCAACAACAGGUUAUGCUGACAGAUAUAAAUACGCAAUUCGUUGAACAUACUAUAUUUAUAAUGAAGAGUAUAUUGGAUAAUAAGAAAAGCGACCAGCCCUGCGAACAUCUCAGCACGACGUCCAUCGAAGGACUGAUGCUGGCCAUCGUUAGAUACGUCCGGCACCUAGACAUGACGGUGCUGUCUGUACAUAUCAAGACGAAACUCUGUCAAGUUGUCGACGCUAUGAUGAGGCGGAGAGAUGACUUAGCUUUCAGACAGGAGAUGAAGUUCCGCAACAAAAUGGUCGAGUACGUGACGGACUGGGUUCUCGGGACGUCUCAUCAAAUCGCUCCGCCCCUGAGGGCAGACGCUUCCUCCAUUACCAGGUAUUAUAUAUCCAGGGAGCUGGAUCAGGCCUGCAUGGAGGCCGUGGCGGCGCUGCUCAAGGGUCUGCCGCUGCAGCCCGAGGAGUCCGACCGUGGAGACCUUAUGGAGGCUAAGAGUCAGCUGUUCUUAAAGUAUUUCACCCUCUUCAUGAACUUACUGAACGAUUGCAAUGAGGUCGAGCUGACGGAGGGUCCGGGACGGCUGGAGACCUUGAGGAACGCAACCAUCCAGGCGAUGUCAAACUUACUAUCUGCGAAUAUCGACUCGGGUCUUAUGCAUAGUAUUGAUUUGGGCUACCAUCGCGAUCUGCAAACGCGAGCUGCCUUCAUGGAGGUUCUGACGAAGAUCCUGCAGCAGGGCACGGAGUUCGACACGCUCGCGGAGACCGUGCUGGCGGACCGCUUCGAGCAGCUCGUGCAGCUCGUCACCAUGAUAUCGGAUAAGGGCGAGCUGCCGAUCGCGAUGGCGCUGGCGAGCGUGGUGGGCUCGGCGCAGAUGGACGAGCUGGCGCGCGUGCUGGUGUCGCUGUUCGACGCCAAGCACCUGCUGGCGCCGCUGCUCUGGAACAUCUUCUACCGGGAGGUCGAGGUCUGCGCGGUCUCAGACUGCAUGCAAACUCUAUUCAGAGGGAACUCGCUGGGCAGCAAGAUUAUGGCUUUCUGUUUCAAGAUAUACGGUUACGGGUACCUCCAGAACUUGCUCGAGCCGCUGAUAACGGCCCUGCUCGACCAGGCGGAUUGCAACGCUAGUUUGAGCUUCGAAGUCGAUCCAGCCAGGCUGGACCCAACUCACGACAUAGAAAUCAACAGGAACAACCUCCGAGACCUGACGCGCGAGGUGUUCGAAAGGAUCAUCAGUUCCGCUGAUAAAUUCCCUUCGCAGCUUCGGAGUAUGUGCCAUUGCUUGUACCAGGUCCUCAGCAAGAGGUUCGUCCAGUUCCCGCAGACAAGUGUGGGCGCAGUUGGUACCGUUUUAUUCCUACGGUACAUAAACCCGGCGAUAGUGUCCCCGCAGGAGAUGGGAAUAGUGAACCGACCCAUUCCACCACACAUCAAAAGAGGACUCAUGCUCAUGUCGAAGAUACUGCAGAACAUCGCGAACCACGUGGAGUUCUCCAAGGAGCAGCAUAUGUUGCCCUUUAACGACUUCUUGAGAGAACAUUUCGAAGCUGGACGCAAGUUCUUCAUAGAAAUAGCAUCGGACUGCGAGACUGUGGACCAAACUUCGCACAACCUGUCCUUCAUCAGCGACGCUAACGUGGUGGCGCUGCAUCGUCUGCUGUGGAACCAUCAGGAGAAGAUCGGGGACUACCUGUCCUGCAGCAGAGACCACAAGGCUGUCGGCAGGCGACCCUUCGACAAGAUGGCCACACUACUUGCCUAUCUGGGACCACCUGAACAUAAGCCUGUAGAAUCCACGUCAAGUCUCCUGUUCUCGUCGUAUGCCCGAUGGUCUUCCAUUGACAUGUCCUCAACUAACUUCGAGGAGUUCAUAGUCAAGCAUAACAUGCACCAAAAAGAAGAAUAUAAAAGCAUCAAGAGCUUAAAUAUCUUCUACCAGGCCGGCACCAGCAAGAUUGGGAACCCGGUUUUCUAUUUCAUAUCUAGAAGAUACAAAAUUGGUGAGAUAAAUGCGGACUUGCUUAUAUACCACGUGAUAAUAACUCUGAAGCCCUUCUGCCAGCAACCGUUCGAGUUGAUCGUCGACUUCACACACACGAACUCUGAUAACAGGUUCCGGACGGACUUCCUGCAGAAGUGGUUCAGCGUGCUGCCCGAGGUGGCGUACUCCAGUGCGCACGCGUGCUACAUCUACAACUGCAACAGCUGGGUGCGAGAGUACACCAAGUUCCACGAGUCCAUCCUCGCACCGCUCAGGGGCAAUAGAAAACUCAUAUUCAUAGACAACCAUAGUCGUCUCAGCGAUUUCGUUGAUCCGGAACAACAGAAGCUCCCAGGAGCGACCUUGGCCUUGGAGGAGGAUCUAAAAGUGUUCAAUAAUGCCUUGAAAUUGUCGCACAAAGACACCAAGGUUGCCAUAAAGGUGGGACCAACGGCUCUUCAAAUAACAUCAGUGGAGAAGACAAAAGUAUUGGGUUUGCCAGUUCUCCUGAACGAUGUUUACUACGCUUCAGAGAUUGACGAGGUGUGUCUGGUCGACGACAACCAGUUCUCGCUGUCCAUCAUCAACGAGUCGACUCCUCUCAGCUUCAUCCACAACGACUGUGACAACAUCGUGCAGUCCAUCAUACACAUCCGGAACCGAUGGGAGCUCAGUCAGCCUGACUCGGUGACGGUGCACCAGAAGAUCCGUCCCAAGGACGUCCCGGGCACGCUGCUGAACAUGGCGCUGCUGAACCUGGGCUCCAGCGACCCCACGCUGCGGACGGCCGCCUACAACCAGCUGUGCGCGCUCACCGCCACCUUCCACCUCAAGAUCGAGGGGCAGCUGCUGGAGACCUCGGGACUCUGCAUUCCUUCAAAUAACACAAUCUUCAUAAAGUCAGUGAGCGAAAAACUCGCUCAUAACGAACCGCACUUGACCCUCGAAUUCCUGGAGGAAUGUAUACAGGGUUUCCGAGGAUCUACCAUUGAGCUGAAACACUUGUGCUUAGAGUAUAUGACGCCGUGGUUGGCGAAUUUGGUGAGAUUUUGCAAGCCGUCCGAUGAGUCCCGUCGUCAGAAGCAAGUUGGACAGAUAUUAGAAAAAUUGAUCACACUGACCAUCGAGGAGACAGAAAUGUACCCCUCGGUACAGGCGAAGAUCUGGGGCUCCAUCGGCCAGGUGCCCGAGCUGAUUGAUAUGGUGCUGGACAGCUUCAUACAACGAAGCGUUAACUCUGGCCUCGGAUCCCCAAUGGUCGAGAUAAUGGCGGAUACGGCAGUGGCCUUGGCCUCUGCGAACGUUCAGCUCGUCUCCAAGAAAGUUAUCGGCAGGAUGUGUCGGGCUCUGUCCAAACUACCUAACAAUAUUCUCGGUCCUGUGACCGCAGCCACUGUGGUCGAUAAAACUUGCCACUCGCCGACGGCGAUGUUGGAACAGCACAUGAUGUGGGAUGAUAUCGCCAUCCUUGCUAGAUACUUGCUGAUGCUGUCGUUCAACAACUGCCUGGACGUGGCGCGGCACCUGCCGUACCUGUUCCACACGGUGACGUUCCUGGUGUGCUCGGGCACGGUGUCCAUGCGCGCCGCCACGCACGGGCUCGUCAUCAACAUCAUACACUCGCUCUGCACCUGCAACUCGCCCAGCUUCUCGGAGGAAUCUCAGCGAGUCCUGAUGCUAUCGCUGGACGAGUUCGCUUUACCGAAAUUCUACCAGAUGUUCGGUAUAUCUAAAGUCAAAUCGGCCGCUGUGACUGCAUUCAGGAGUCCAUACAACAGGCACACAGGAGAUUGGUACUCAGAACAUUCGUAUACGUGCUCAGAAUUGAGUUGUGGAGCGCCUUCAGCAUCAGGGGGUCUAGUGGGGGCACUCACAGGAGCCCAGCCGGGGGGCUCGCAGUCUGACCGCGAACGUCUUCCGCUCCAAUCAUUGGAGAUCAUCGCGGACGCGCUUCUCGAGAUCAUGGAGACGUGCAUGAAGGAUAUACCCAACUGUGAUUGGUUGAACACAUGGACAUCUUUAGUAAAGAGUUUCGCGUUUUGCUUCAACCCCGCGCUGCAGCCGCGUGCGCUGAUCGUGUUCGGAUGCAUCAGUAAAAAUGUAACAGAUGACGACAUGAAGCAACUCCUGCGCAUACUCGUGAAGGCGUUGGAAUCUUUCAACGAUCUAGCGCUGCUGGAAGCCAUCAUCAUGUGUUUGACGAGACUGCAGCCGCUGUUACACCCAGAAUCACCGAUCCACAAGGCGUUAUUCUGGGUCGCGCUGUCCGUCCUACAGUUGGACGAUCCGACUCUUUACGCGGCCGGUCUCGCUCUGAUGGAACAAAAUUUACACACAUUGGAUUCUCAGGGAGCAUUCGAUAAUAAGACACUGGAACAUGUGUUGAUGGAAACACGGGAGCCUCUCGAAUGGCACUUCAAGCCUCUCGACCACGCCGUCGGACUGAGCUUCCGGUCCAACUUCCACUUCGCGCUGGUGGGGCACCUCAUCAAGGGCUUCCGGCACCCGGCGGGCGGCACCGUGUCCCGCGCGUGCCGCGUGCUCAGCGCGCUGCUGGCGCUGGCCGCGCGGCCCGCCCGCGACAAGUUCCAGCUCACCACGCGCACCGUCGCCUACCUCACGGCGCUGGUUUGCGUCAGCGAGGAGGUCAGAUCGCGUUGCCACGUCAAACACUCCUUGCCGAAGUGGUUGCCGGACAACUGCGACCACUACUGUCCCGCAGUUGAACACCAUCAGUCUUCAAUGCUCAUCCAGCCUCAGUCUUCGCAUUCGUCGUGUCACGGCCGAAGACAGAAGUCCUGGGACGUACUGGAUCAGACUACAUCUUCUAUACACGGGGGGAAAUCUCCGACUCCCCAACCGUCGAGCAGCGGCGGUCACAGCCCGCACUUACUGAAUAUAGCGCAUCAGGACAGCGAAGGUCGCGCUCACAGCGUGCAGCACGGCGCCACCGGGGACGCCGCCAGGGACCUGGAGAUUGACAGCGGACUCGACCCGGUGGAUGAUGACGGUCGCGGCUCUCCCGGCAGCAUGGACGAGACUGAGCGACCUUCCUCCACCAAGUCUGGCGAUAGCGACUGCCACGAUCCCGCUACGAAGCAAUCAUCUCAGGACAAAGAAACGAGCAGUCCGGAAUGCAACUCGCUCCUGGACCCGUCCGUGCUCUGCGACUUCACGACGCAAGCGCUCGUCCUGACGGUUCUCGCCACGCUGGUUAAAUAUACCACGGAUGAAGAUGAAAUAAGGAUACUGUACCAGUACCUGGCGGAGGGUUCCGUGGUGUUCCCGAAAGUAUUUCCCGUCAUCCACAGUCUACUGGACAUGAAGAUCAACCACGUUCUGAUGCACUGCCACGAUCAAGUCAUACUGAGCGCAGUACAGAGCAUCAUACAGAAUAUGAUAGCGUCAGAGGACGCGAGUCAACAACAGCUGCACUACAUGCAGAGUUGCGGCUUCGGGGGCCUUUGGAGGUUUGCGGGUCCCUUCACUAAGAACCAGUGCACGGCUGUGAGCAGCGAGCUGUUCGUGAACUGCCUGGAGGCGAUGGUGGAGACCUGUCUGCCGGGAGACGACUGUGUGCGGCAGCCGCCCCCCGACCCCGACCGGCCCGACCUGCACGACCUCGACCAACGCUUUCCAGGAUCUCGCCAGCCGACCGUAUUCUGUUCAGGUCAGGACUCCUAGCAAAAUAAUGAUGUGUUGCCAAGUCUGGUAGAUCAUCAGUCUACCUAGAAAUUGAAGAUCACUGUACUCAACUGUAGAAAAAAAACAAUUGUACUUUUACAAUUCUGUGGCCUAGUUCGUUGACUUUUGAUCAUUUAUAUAAGACUAGUUGUCAAACGCGGCGUCGUUCGUUUUAUGGGUCGGUCGUCAGGUGUAAGGCAUAGAGAGUACCCUAUGUCCUUAGAGUUCAAGCUUAUAUUAUGAUUGAUAGAUUGAUUACAUAAACAGCCUGUAAACUUC